AGGGUUCAAUGGAGAAAUCCUUUUACUGUGUUUCUUAAUCACUUGACUAGAUUGCCUCACAAAUAACGGAGUUAUGCCAAUUGUAAUAGAACUUUUUUCACAUAGAAAAUACCCUCCUUGACUCGUAGUCAUGGCAAGCUAAACUAUCCUUACUGUUGUCCAUCCAAGUCCACAUAAUAUUUCCCAUCUUUAGUCAUGGUCUGAUGCUUGCUCUUUUUACUCUCUGGAUUUCUUUUCUCUUCCGUUGAGUGUCAGACCUUUUAAUGUUACUUCCACACAUCCUUUGAAUUGAAUCAGACCUCUUCCAAAGUGGUACCAGUUUGUGAUCAAGCCAGGAACUCAAUUAUGGAGUUGUCAGGGGUAAUCUUAGAAAUUGCAAAAAUAAUAUGGGCUCCAAUUGGUAAAUGUGUGAAAUAUCAUAGAAGCCUUGAAGAAAAGAUGAUACUUCUCCAUAACAAGUUGGAAGUAGUGAAUAGUCGGAAGGAGGACAUUGAAUCAAGAAUGAAUGUAGAGCUUUGUUUAGAGAAACAGUUAAAGAAAGAGGUUCAACUGUGGUUGGAAAAUGUGCAAAAGAUGAAUGGUGAAGUGGAGACCAUAGACCAAGAAGUUGGAGAGGGGAAAUUUCUCUCACGCGCUCAUUUAGGAAAACUUGUAAUUAAAAAAAUUCAGGAAGUGGAAGAGCUUCAUCAGAAGGGUAGUUUUAAUGACAGUUUGGUAGUUGAUGGUCCUGAUGGAAAUAGGGUAAUGCUGCCGACGGCGAUAAUAGUAGGUGACACAACUAGAAGAAAUAUGGACGAAAUUUGGGCAUGUUUGAUGGAUAAUGAUGUCAGAAAAGUAGGAGUUCAUGGAAUUGGGGGUGUAGGCAAAACAACCAUUAUGAAACAUAUCUAUAAUCAGCUCUUAAUUGAGACUGGUAAGUUUGAAAAUGCCGUAUGGAUCACUGUACCAAAGGCUACCAGUGUGAUUCAAUUGCAGAGUAAAAUUGCACAUGCCUUUCAAUUAGGCCUUUCAGAAAACGAAAGUGAAACAAUAAGGGCAGCAAAGUUACUGGCAAUGUUGAGAAUGAGAAAGAGGUAUGUUCUAAUUUUAGAUGAUCUGUGGGAAGAAUUUGAACUUGAGGAGAUAGGGAUCCCAGAACCUACUAGAGAUAAUGAAUGCAAAUUAGUAUUAACAACUCGAUUAUCUGAUGUAUGUGUAAGGAUGGGAUGCAAAAAAAUCAAAGUGCAGCUCCUUUCUGAAAAUGAAACAUGGAAUUUAUUCUUGGAAAAAGUUGGACGUGACCUUGUUGCUCCAGAAAUAGAAACAAUUGCAAAGGAUAUUGCUAAAGAGUGUGGUCGUUUGCCACUUGCAAUUAUCACAAUAGCUAGAAGUAUGAAGGGUGUAGUUGACCAUUGUGAGUGGAGGAAUGCAUUGGAAGAACUGAGAGUCUCUACAUCGGGCCUCAAUGACAUGGGGAAGGUAUAUGAACAGCUAAAGUUUAGCUAUAUUCAUCUGCAAGAUGAGAGACUUAGACAUUGUCUCCUUUAUUGUGCACUAUACCCAGAAGACUUUUUGAUUGGGAGAAAGGAGUUGAUAGAGCAUUUAAUUGCAGGAGGAGUAAUUGAAGGAAUGAAGAACAAGCGUGCAGAGUUUGACAGGGGCCAUGCUAUGUUAAAUAAGCUUGAAAAUUCUUGCCUACUAGAAAGUGUUGUGGACCAAAACAAGGAUAUGAAAUGGGUGAAAAUGCAUGAUUUGAUUCGAGACAUGGCACUCCAGAUCACAAGCACAAGUCCUCGAUUCCUGGUAGAAGCUGGUGUGUAUUUGAGAAAUUUUCCAGACAUUGAGAAGUGGGCAGAGAAUCUUGAGAAGGUCUCCUUAAUGCACAACUACAUAUCAGAAGUCCCUUCCAACUUAUCACCCAAGUGUCAUAGGCUCUCAACCCUGUUGCUAUCAUCAAAUCAUACUUUGACUCUCAUUCCAAAUUCUUUUUUUGUGCAUAUGCAUGCGCUCCAGGUUCUUGAUCUAUCCGAUACUGGCCUUGAGAUUUUGCCAGAUUCCGUGUCUGGCUUGGACAAUCUCACAGCUUUACUGCUGAGAGGUUGUUACCGAUUGAAGUAUGUGCCCUCCUUAGCAAAGAUGAAGGUGUUAAUGAAGCUAGACUUCAGUCAUAGUGGAAUCAAGGAGGUACCCCAAGGUAUGGAAAUGUUGGUCAGUCUUAAGUAUCUUAAUCUAUAUGCACGCAAUCUGGAAAUUAUACCUUCAGGGAUAUUACCUAAACUCACUUCUCUCCAAUUCCUCAUGAUUUAUGGGGCUUCAAAAACCUUGAAAGUGAAAGGAGAGGAAGUGGCAAGCCUGAGAAAGUUAGAAACUUUUGCAGGCCAGUUGUAUGACCAGAAUGAUUUUAAUGCAUAUGUGAGAUGUCUGCAAGAACAAGGACCAAACAAUUAUUUCAUCCGAGUGGGAGAAGGGAAUGAGGCAAUUGAAGAAGAAAUGGAAUCUUUACAAAAAGAAGUACAGUUUACAAAAUGCAAUAUUGGCAGAGGAGAAGACAUGAUGCUUCUGCCAGGUGACAUUCAGACCUUACAAAUUAUCAAAUGUCAUGAUAUCAUCAGCUUAUCCAGUAUUUCUUCAUUGAACAAUGCUAGUGAAUUAAAGACUUGUGUUCUUGCUGAUUGCAAUGGAAUAGAGUGCAUACUUCAACAGUCAUCUUACAUCCUACUUCAAAACCUUGAGUCCCUAGCACUUAGUAGAUUGUGCAACUUGUGUGACCUUUUUAGGGGAGAAAGAGCUGCACCACUGCCUCCUGGCACAUUUUCUGCUCUAAAAAAAUUAUCCAUUGCUGGCUGUCCAAUUAUGAAGAAGCUGUUUGAGGUCAGCUUGCUUCUGCACUUUAAAAACCUGGAAGCUCUUAGAGUCUAUGCUUGUUAUCAAAUGAAAGAAAUAAUAGCAACAGGACAUGAAUAUGCGCUGGGUGAGAGCAGCAACCUCUCUGCUAAUAAUGAUUUCACAGUAUCUCUCCCACAACUGAGGUAUCUGUCCCUUGAUCGUCUACCACAACUGGAGAGCAUUUAUAGGGGCACAAUGGUCUGCUAUUCUCUCGAAGUAAUCCAAGUAUUUGGAUGUCCAAAACUAAAGAGAAUUCCUCUCUCUCUACCCCAUAUUGUCGGACAACCAUCUCCUCCACCUAAACUACAAAGAAUCUCAACAAACAUAUGGGAAGCCCUAGAGUGGGACCAUCCCAAUGCUAAGAGUGUCCUUCAACCUUUGGUUCAAUCAGUAUUGACCUGGUCGAAUAACCAUGGGACUGUUUGGUAGGAUGUUUUGAACAACAGUUUUCAGUGUUUAAACAACAUUACACGUAUUUGUACAU